UGGGAGAGAGAGAGAGAGAGAGAGAGAGCAGGGAAUUAAACAGGUCGGUGCACUAACCUGCACUCCAGUGUGUACUCGAGUUGUAAGUGUGCGUGCAUGUGUGUGCGUGCAUGUGUGUGCGUGCAUGUGUUUAUGUGUUUGUGCACGCAUCUGUAUGAAAGACUUCACGCUGUGGGAUCAGUCCUCAAACUUCAGACAAGUAGUGGAGAAGAAAACGUGACCGAGGAAUAAAUCCUUCCUGGGAGAAGUGGAGAAGAGUCGCAGGGAGGAAAGGAGUCUGGAUGGACAAGCUCUGCAAUGCCAGUGGCCUGGACCCAUUCUGGGAUUCGAAUUUGACGUGGCACACACGAACCCCAGGACUGACGAAGUGUUUUAAGCACACGGUUCUAGUCUGGAUCCCCUGUUUCUAUCUGUGGGUUUGCAGUCCGUUUUACGUCUUCUAUCUCCGUUGCUUCCAUCAUGGACGCAUCUCGCUCUCCAGACUCUGCUGCGCCAAAACGGCUCUGGGUAUGUGCUUGGUGUUAUUGGGGAUUUUGGAGCUGCUCUAUGUGCUGUUUCAGAAGGGACCAGAUCACAUGGUUUUGCUCCUGAGCUCCAUCAUUCGCAGCCUCACCAUGGUCUUGGCGGUGUAUCUCAUCCAUCUGGAGAGAAUAAUAGGCUGCCAGUCCUCACUAUUUCUUUUUCUCUAUUGGAUGCUGACGGUGAUUUGUUCGAUUGUGAACAUCCAGACCAUCCUGGAAGAGGUCUCUUUGUCUGGGUUUUUGCAGAGUUCUCCACGAUGGCUGCUGUUCUUCUCAUGCUUUUCCCUGGAGCUCGUCCAGCUCAUCCUCAGCUGUUUCACUGAUCGGCGAGCGGACGCUCAGACACCAGGCCGCGUGACGCAGAAGAACCCGUGUCCGGUGGAAGAUGCUUCUUUUCUCUCGAAGACAUUCUUCUGGUGGUUCACUGGGCUGGCUGUGAAAGGUUAUCGAUCACCUUUAAAACCUGAAGAUCUCUGGUCUCUCCGGGAAGAGGACACGUCGGAGAAAAUCAUCAGUGAUCUGGAGAGAGAGUUGAACACACAGUGUGCUGAGUUACACCAGGAGCGGAUCGGGAACCCGUCUCGAACCCUGAGCUGUAGGAUCACGGAGCAGACGCAGUUCCUGCAGAAACUGCGCCAGGAGCAGAGCGCCGGGUUCCUCCUGCUGCGCGCGCUGGUCAAAACCUUCGGGUCGUGCUUCCUGUCAGGGACCAUCUGUCUGCUCAUCCACGACGCCUUCCUGUUCUCCAUCCCUCAGCUGCUCAGGCUCCUGCUGGACGUGGUGAGUGAUAAGGACGCCCCCGAGUGGAAGGGUUAUUUAUUCGCCUCCUCCAUGUUCCUGCUGUCGUGCCUGCAGUCGCUCUUCAAUCACCAGUACAUGUACAGCUGCUUCACCGUGGGCAUGAGGGUCAAAACCGCCAUCAUGGGUCUGGUCUACAGGAAGUCUCUGGCGAUCAGCAGCACUGCACGCAGGACAUGUACAGUGGGAGACAUAGUGAACUUGGUGUCCACCGACAUUCAGAAGCUCAUGGACUUUGUAGUGUACUUUAACGCAGUUUGGAUGGCGCCGGUUGAAAUCGGCCUGUGUCUUUUCUUCCUUUGGCAGCUUCUAGGCUCCUCGGCUUUAGCUGGUAUCACCACCGUGAUCUUUAUCUUCCCUCUGAACGGCCUGAUCGCCAAAAUGCGCAGCAAACUGCAGGAGGUCCAGAUGAAGCACAUGGAUGGACGUAUAAAGCUGAUGAACGAGAUUCUAAACGGGAUAAAGAUCCUGAAGCUCUACGUCUGGGAGAAAGCAUUCGAGGAUCGAGUCCUGAGUUUCAGAGAGAAGGAACUGAAAGCACUGAAAAAAUCCCAGAUCCUGUAUUCCAUCUCCAUCGCCUCCUUCAACUCCUCCACUUUCCUGAUUGCUUUCACCAUGUUUGGAUGUUACGUGCUUAGCGGUAAGUCUAACUGUCUGGACGCCCAGAAGGUCUUCGUCUCUCUGGCGCUCAUUAACAUUCUAAAGACGCCGCUGAGUCAACUUCCCUUCUCCAUCAGCACCAUCAUGCAGGCUCUUGUGUCUCUCAGACGUCUGGGAACGUUUCUGCGUCAGGACGAGCUCAAGGCAGACGCUGUGUUCAGAGCUCCAUACACUCCAGACGGCGAGAGCAUUGUGAUAGAGGACGGCAGUUUCAGCUGGAGCAGAGACGAUGCUCCGUGUUUAAAGAGAGUGAGUGUGAGAGUGCCUCACGGCUCGUUGGUCGCAGUGGUCGGUCACAUCGGCAGCGGAAAAUCCUCUCUUCUUUCUGCCGUACUCGGGGAGAUGGAGAAAAUCAGUGGGAAUGUCACAGUGAAGGGUUCGGUGGCGUACGUGCCCCAACAGGCGUGGAUCCAGAACACCACUCUGAAGGAGAACAUCUUGUUCGGGCAGGAGAUGAAGCAGAGCUGCUACCAGAGAGUGCUGGCGGCCUGCGCCCUCCUCCAAGACCUGGAGAAACUGCCUGGAGGAGACGACACCGAGAUCGGAGAGAAGGGUCUGAAUCUCUCCGGUGGUCAGAGACAGAGAGUGAGUUUAGCGCGAGCUGUUUACAGAAAUGCUGAUGUUUACCUGCUGGAUGACCCGCUGUCGGCCGUCGACUCAAAAGUGGGUCAGCACAUCUUCGACAAAGUCAUCGGGCCUAAGGGGACACUGAAGAACAAGACGCGCGUGCUGGUGACCCACGGGUUCAGCUUCCUGCCCCAGGCCGACCUCAUCCUGGUGAUGGAGGACGGGCAGAUCACGGAGGCGGGCUCGUACAACCAGCUGCUCGAGAGACAGAACUCGUUCGCCGACAUCCUGAAAAUCUUUUCCAACACCAGGCACAGGGAAAGCUCCUCUAACAUUGGUCGGAAGAAAUCAGUGUCGCGUCGGAGCAUGACGGAUUUCCCUAUAGACCUCUCACAGGAGCAGCUCAUCAGUCGAGAUGUGAGCAGUGUCGGGAUUCAGACAAUGGAGACUUUAUCAGACUUAGAACAGGAACAGGAUACGGAGGAGCUGGGAACAUUACGUGAGGCUGAUACAGCGCUUACUGGGAGGGUGAAGCUGGAUAUUUACAAGGUGUACUUCAGGACCAUCGGGCUGGCCUUCAUCCUCCCCAUCAUCUUCCUCUACGCCUUUCAGCAGGCCGCGUCCCUCGGGUAUUACUACUGGCUGCAGGAUUGGGCCAACGAUUCUGUCCAGGGUUGGGCCAACGAUUCUGUCCAGGAUGUGAGGCUGGCCGUGUUCGCGGCUCUCGGCUUCGCUCAAGGGAUCGCCAUCUUCGCCACUACGGUUGCCAUCUCGUUAGGAGGCAUCAUCGCUUCUCACCAUCUUCACCUCGACCUCCUGCACAACGUCCUGCGCUCGCCGGUGUCGUUCUUCCAGAGCACACCCAGCGGAAACCUGCUCAACCGCUUCUCCAAGGAGGUCGACGCCAUCGACUGCAUGAUCCCCGACGCCUUGAAGAUCAUGCUGGGGUACGUCUUCAAACUGCUGGAGGUCUGCAUCAUCGUCCUCGUGGCCACACCCUAUACCGGCGUCGUCAUUCUCCCUCUCGCUCUGCUCUACAUCUUCAUCCAGAGCUUCUACGUGGCGACGUCCUGCCAGCUUCGCCGCCUGGAGUCGGUGAGCCGCUCUCCCAUCUACACACACUUUAACGAGACGAUGCAGGGAGCGAGCGUGAUCAGGGCGUUUGCGGAACAGUCGAGGUUUAUCCUGCAGGCCAACAGCAAAGUGGACCAUAACCAAACCUCAUACUUCCCCAGAUUCGUCGCCACCAGAUGGCUUGCUGUCAAUCUUGAGUUUCUGGGGAACCUCUUGGUCCUGGUGGCUGCGAUCCUGUCCGUGACGAGGAGGGAGUAUCUGAGUCCCGCAAUGGUCGGCUUGGCCGUGUCACACUCUCUGCAGGUGACGGGCAUUCUGAGCUGGAUCGUACGCUCCUGGACAGACGUUGAGAACAGCAUCGUGUCGGUAGAGAGAGUGAGAGAGUACACAGACGCGCCGAAAGAGGCGGAUCCGUCCAUGGAGAACCUACGUCUGCCCUUAGAGUGGCCCCAAACAGGCACCAUCAAGUUCCUCCAGUACGGCCUCCAGUACAGAAAAGAUCUCGACUGGGCUCUGAAGGAGAUCACGCUCAGCAUCCAGGAGAAAGAGAAGAUUGGGAUCGUGGGUCGGACCGGCGCGGGAAAGUCGUCUCUGGCAUUAGGAAUAUUCCGGAUCAUCGAGGCGACGAAGGGGAAGAUCUACAUAGACGGAGUGAACAUCGCUGAGAUCGGACUGCACGACCUCCGGUCUCGCAUCACCAUCAUCCCACAGGACCCGGUUCUGUUCUCCGGAUCUCUGCGCAUGAACCUGGACCCGUUAAAUUUUUACUCUGAUGACGAGGUGUGGAAAGCUCUGGAACUCGCUCAUCUCAAGAGCUUCGUGUCGGGUCUUCAGGACAAACUGAACCACGAGUGUUCCGAGGGAGGAGAGAACCUCAGUCUGGGACAGAGGCAGCUGGUGUGUUUGGCGCGGGCGCUCCUCAGGAAGACGAAGAUUCUGGUUCUGGAUGAAGCCACAGCAGCUGUAGACGUGGAGACGGACGAACUGAUCCAGUCCACCAUCCGCACACAGUUUGAGGAGUGUACAGUGCUGACCAUCGCUCACAGACUCAACACUAUUAUGGAUUAUACACGGGUGCUGGUGAUGGACCGCGGUUCCAUCACAGAGACCGACUCUCCCUCUAACCUGCUCUCACGCAGAGGACUCUUCUACAGCAUGUGUCAGGAGGCGGGGCUAGUGUGACAUCAUCACCCUUCUCCUCCCGAGUGUAGGGUGUGGCUCAGGCGAGGCCGAGAGCGAUGAUCAGCACCUGAAGGAAGAAGAUCUGCAGGACAGAACCUUCUGGAACUUUUUUUUUUUUUUUUGCAUGUUUACGUGAUGAAGGUUGUGAUAAACAGUGUUACUCAGAGAACUCUCUCUCUCUCUCCCUCUC